AUGGCUGCCAAGAUGAUAAUCGGCACCCUGCUCGGUCUGCUGAUCGUGGCCACGUCCGGGGUGCUGCCGGUGGUGGUGUCUCGCUACCGGCACCUCCGCUCGGCCACCAACUACCACCUCUGCGUGAUGAGCAUCGCCGACUGCGUGGUGGGGCUCAUCAUGGUCGUCUCGGGCGUCCUGUGCGCCCUGCUAAUGGUCGUCAACACGGCCUGCUCGACCGCCUCGAACGUCACCAUGUUCUGGCUGGCGCUGGACCGGCGCACGGCCGUCCACAACCCUCUGCUGUACCCGCUUCUGGUCACCUCGUCCACGGUGGGCCGCCAGCUGCUGCAGACGCUGGGCUUCAUCGCGCUGCUCAUCGGGUACGUGGUCACGUGGCGUCACCUGGCCGGCGCGCCCUUCCCGGCCGAGAUCCCUCGGUGCGCCUCCUCCUCGCAGCUGGUGUUCGGAGACGUCGGCACGGUGAUCAACAACGGCGUCAACCUGCUGGUCAGCUUCUCCACCGUCAUCCUCUGUAUCGACGUGCUGCUCGUGGCGCGCCGCACGCUGCGCCCGAACGUGGCGGCGCUGCCGCACGAGCUGGCCGAACGUGCACGGCUGCGAAAGCACGUGCGCACGUUCUACUACCUGCUGCGUGUGAUGGUGCUGUACGGCGUCUGCCUGAUCCCGUUCUGCAUCACUGCCCUGCUGAAGGCCGUACUGGAUAUCAAGGCCUCCCUAGAGGACGGACCUCUUGCCGAGUCCACGGCUGAGGGCAGCACGGCGCUGGCCCCCACCAUGGACUCCGAUGAUCCUCAGAUCCUGUGGUUUGUUAUGAUGGUGCUGCGCGGUUCGUUCCACCUCGUCGACUCCUGGCUGUUCUGCAGCAGUCCAGAGCUGAGACAUGCCAUCCUGCACUAUUUCGGAGGCGACCGCUUCGACCUUUACCCAUAG